GAGAGCUUGCACUCUCACACCCGUUACCCGACUCUCGCCGGGAUUAUCCCAGGCAUCGCGCGACAGCGAGAUUAAAAAACGGCGGAACGCACACAGAACAGAGAUCAGCACUGCUCACGAUCGUUCGAUCGACAGUUCAACGACCUCCUGGUUCACUCGAGGACGACCAUGAUACUUGCAAUUCUGUGCUGCCUUGUCGUCGGGCGAUCCAUCGCUUCGCCGAUCGCCGCCAAUGUCUGGCUGAGUCCGAUACCAGCCCUUUCGCCGUUGAGGCAGUAUCACAUACAGGACGGAUCGGGCUCGUACAAGUAUUCCUUCACGGGACCCCACCAUGCCAAAGCGGAAUCCACCUUGAACGGCGUAACGCAGGGUGGAUACUCCUACAUCGAUGCAAAUGGAAUUUUGCAAACGGUCUCGUACACGGCGGACGAUCAAAAUGGAUUUCGAGUGAGCGCGAGCAAUUUGCCGCAAUCGCCCAGGGAUGAGUUGCAGACGAUACAGGACACGGCAGAAAUAGCCGCGGCGAAGAGGAAUCAUCUCGAGGAGUUGCAGAAGUCGCAUCAGGCCAAUUGGCAGGAUCAAAAUCUUCUGUCGUACAAGAUCCUACCGUCGUACUUCAGCUUCGCUCAGAUCCAACCGGAGGCAAACGGCAAAGCCGAACUAAACUCGAACGCGCGAGACACGGAGAGCACCAAGAAUCCAUUCCUAUUGUCAAGGUCGGAGGCGGACAGGAUCGACAUUCCCAAGCCGGAUCCGAGUCUCUCCAAGAUAACGUCCGCGCCUUCAAUUCCCACCGCAGCCACCAGCACGGGCUUGUCGUUGCCCACCUCGGCGUCGCUGAAGGACAACACGCUCUUCAGGGAUGAGGAACAAACGUCUAAUCAGAAUGCGCUGCACCUCAGCAAGUUAGUGCCGGUUGCCAACGUCCAGAGACCGAUAGCCAUGCCUACGCCCUACCUGCUCCCGGUGCUGCCUUACAGAUUCCUCCACAGCUCGCUGCAUCACACCCAAGACUCGCUGGGCCAAUACGACUACAGUUACACCGGGGACUCCAGCGCCAAGACCGAGUCCAGGUCGUUGGACGGCACCACCAGAGGCGCUUACAGUUACAUCGACGCCAACGGGAUUCUCCAGCAGGUGCACUACAUCGCCGACCACAACGGCUUCCGGGUGUUGGCGACCAAUCUGCCCGAGGCGAAGUGACGACCCUCCCUCUUCGUAGCGAAUGUCCCGCGGGACGGCCGUGAAGCUUCGCCUCCGGAGCGCGGUGCUGACUUGUGUCGAUUUGUAACGAGACGUUAAUGCAGUUACGCGAGCCUCUCCACUGCAAUGAGAAUCUCUGGGAACGCCGACAGAGCAGCGAAUUCGCGAAUUUUGAUCCCGCGAUAUCAAGUCAACUAUACAUACGUCGUCUCUUGUGAGUCUCGCGAGACGUUUCGUUGUCGAUCGAGGGAGCUGAGGAGCCGGAAGGACGAAACGACGGCGGAAACGGAUCGUGGUCCUGUGUACAUUCGUUUAAUUGGCGUGAAAUCGGAAACGACGGCCCUUCGAUUCGCGUGCUGCCGAUUAGUUUUGUCAACGGCGAUCGCGCUCGCGAACGGCGACAAAAAGAAGAGGACGUAUCCGUCAAUAGGAAAUCUGUAUGCAAAUGCCACGUUCGUCUCUCUAAUAGGUAUCGGUGUCGGGGUUUCGAGGGAAUAUCUUCGCGAAUGCUUCUCGAGUCCGUUCGGGAUUCAUUCUCGCGGAAACGCGGAGGAGCGGACUUGAUUUGUAUUCGAGCGUUCUCUCUUAAGAGACUAAUUUUAUUUUCAUUUUCCUCUCGCCCUCUUCUUUUUUUUUUUUCUAUGGGUAUCGUUGAGCUUACUCCCGCGAUAGCGGCAGCGCUAUCACGUAAAUUAUUUCGCGAUGCGUAUCAAUUCGCUCUCAUUAUCCUUAUCGCGAAUGAAGAGCGUGUGAGGGGAACAUUAACGACCACGCAUUUUCGAGAUUGUCAGUAGACUGUGCAUUUAUCGUUCGUAUUUCAGGUAAAUACAGACGGAAAAUGCAAUCCCCGCUGUUGUAUCUCCGUAAAUUGUCUCGUAUUAUCACUUAUCCUUUCCUAAUUCUCUAUAAUACUGUACACACAUGUAAACACUCGUGCAUUUAAUAAAAAUUAGUAUUUUAUUAAAAAAGGAAA